GCGUAAAAAUUGGUCGUGUGUUUUGUGAUUUGGAGGAGUUUAGACUAUGAAAAGUGAUUUGAUUAAGCAUCAAUCAUCAUAAUUUGCAGUUUGAUAGUGCCGAACGCAAUGGACGUAUUGAAACCGCAGUUGAUGUGGAUCGGCACCCGGUGUUAUCGAGUGAAUCUGGUCACGGCACAGGAAUACGAACAGUCAGAGGAAAGCAAAGCGUACAUCGAAGAAGAUCUUUACGAGGAAGAUGACCGGGAGUUGGAUUACGACAUUCAGCUCAAGGAAGGCGGCAAGCUGCAGACAUCCUUCCACGUACCAUCCGCCUUCUUUGCAAUGAUCAUCGGCAACAAGGGGGCCACCCGGCGCCGUCUGGAAGCGGAAACCAAAACGCAAAUCAUUGUACCGAAACAGGGCACCGAGGGGGACGUAAUCGUAAAGGGCACGUCGACCAAGGCCGUCACCGCCUGUCGCCAGCGCAUCGAGCUGAUCGUACUGGGAGCUCGCAACAAGCAACAUUUCACACACUUUCUCUCGGUUCCCAUGAUUUCGGACGAAAUCAAAUCGAACUUCAUUAAAUUUCGUGAGAAGGUGCUAACGGAACUGCCCAGCGGGUUCAAUUUGGAUGAAUCGCUUUUCCAGAAACCGGAAAAGCUGCACCUGACCUUGUGCAUGAUGAGUUUGAUGGAUAACGUGGAUCGUACGCAUGCAGCCCAGCUGCUGCAGGAUUGCCGUGAAUCAAUCAUUGAACUAACGCUGGCCGAGUUCGGCCCCAUCGAAGUGCGCCUCCGUGGGCUGCAAUACAUGAACGAUGAUCCCAGCGCCGUCGAUGUCCUGUAUGCGAAAGUGGAAUCCGAACCGCUGCAGCGCAUAGCCGACCAGAUCAUGGAGUACUUCAUUGCGAACGGGUUGAUGCAGAGACAGUACGGGCACGUUAAACUGCAUGCAACGUUGAUCAAUUCCGUGUUCAAUCGCCACCAUCGUCAUUCCCACGGCGAAGGUGAAGAGGGCGAGGAGAGACGUCCGCACCAUAAUCGCCACCACCGGGAUAAGUUCGAUGCAACGGCCAUUUUGCGGGAGUUUGGCGAAUUUGACUUCGGUGCGCAGAAGGUGACGGAGAUCCAUCUGUCGCAACGUUUCUCGACGGCUUGCAAUGGGUUCUACGAGGCAACCGGUUUGGUAAAGUUGUGAACAAUACGGUUUUUUUUUUCGUUUUGUUAAAACCACUGGUGUGAUUAAUUCGGUAGAAUUUCUCGAAAUCCUACGGGGAUUUUCUCAACAGUAAAGUCUAAUUCACUCAGUACAAUAGAAACAUUUAUAACAUUCGAAAAUGUCAGAGUACAUUCGACAAUCGGUUGACUUUAAGGACACUUAAUGAGCUAAUUUGGCAAUUAGUCGAAUAAAUUUGAUUUGAAUUUGUGAA